AUGGUCGCCGGAGCCGCGAGUCCGGCGAGCCCCGUCGCCUCUGUAAGCCACCGCCAACGGCUGCCGCCCCGCCCCACCUCUGCAGCCGCCCUGUGGCCUCCCGCCGCUGCAGCCCCGCCGCAGCCUCGCUCCCCUGCCGACUGCUGCUGCUUCACUUGCUCCGCCUCGUCGCCCCUGCCCUGCAGCCCCGCGUGCCAACCGGCCCCGCCCGCGCCGCACCUCGUGCACCCGCUCGAGUUGGCCUCGGCCGCUGCCAGCCAUGGCGCCCCGACCUCCCACCCGCGCCGGCCACCGCUCGCCGGGCCUCGCCCCCUCGCCCCGCAUUGCCCAUCUCCGGCCACCACUGGCCCCAGUCGCGCCCCGCCGUCAGCCGGGUCCGCCCCCACGGGCGCCCACUCCCCCGCCCGCGCCCGUUAUCUGCCCGCCCCGCUUGGCCUAUAG